AUGGUCUUUCGCCUUCAAUAUGAUAGGCGUAGCAUCAGCAUCAAACUUUCACCAGAUAUAAUUUCAUCGACAAGUGUCAACGGAUCACUGAACAAAUACAAUUUAAGGGCUGAAUUUCAGUCUCGAGCUGUAGUGAUUUUGUUGGGCGACAGCGUGCACAAUUUCAUUGACGGUAUAGCCAUUGGUGCAUCUUUCCAUCAUUCCAUUCAACUUGGCAUCAUCACCACCAUUGCUGUUAUAUGCCACGAACUCCCUCAUGAACUCGGAGACAUGGCAGUGCUCAUCGAAUCAGGGCUCACAAUACGAAGAGCGCUCCUUCUAAAUUUCCUCUCGGCUCUGACCGCGUUCUUUGGUCUCUUCAUAAGUGUUGUAAUAGGCAAGAUAUACCUCAUACUCCAAAUUAUUAUAAUCAGAGAGGUAAAGGAGGUUGAAAUGUGGUUGCUGGCCAUUACUGCUGGGAUGUUCAUUUACGUUGCCUGGAUCGAUAUGCUCGCUCACUUGAAACACGAUGGCUCGCACAUUGAUCACUGGGUAUCAGCCUGCGUUAUACAAUACUCAGGAUUCACACUGGGAUUCGUGGUGAUUUUCGCUCUAGGCUGGUUCGAAAAAAAUCUCUUUUCCAGCUGA